AUGGCCAAUGGAUUUCUGCCAUACCACGAACCCGGAAUCGUCGAGAUUCUCAUCAUCGUUUCUUUCUUCUUCUUCCUUUCUCUUGCGAAAUGGGUCUCCGCGAAGAUCUUUCAAGCCGGCAUUAUAGGUCAAAUCGCUGUCGGCAUCAUCUACGGUGUACCGUUGGCCGAUAUCCUUGAACGUAACUGGCAGGAGACGUUUCUCGCUCUCGGAUAUGUUGGUCUGAUUCUGAUAAUUUUUGAAGGCGGUCUUGGCGCUCGUGUGGAUCUACUCAAGCAGAAUUUCACUUUGAGUAUGGUUGGCGCCACAACUGGGGUUUGUUUUCCCAUUGGUCUCUCAUAUCUUUUGCUCUACCUUGGUUUUGGAUAUGGUCCGGUCGAGACAUUCAUCAUCGGUGCUGCUCUUUCCGCCACGUCACUAGGAACCACUUUUGCUGUGAUCAGUUCUGCGUCAAGCUCGAUCAGUCUCUCACAGACUCGAGUAGGAUCCGUUCUCGUGAGCGCAGCUGUCAUAGAUGACGUGGUAGGACUUGUUAUGCUGAGUGUCAUUGGCGACUUGGGUAAACUUUCGGGAGAAACGAACGUCAAUCUCGGCUGGCUCAUUGGGCGUCCGAUAGUGGCAUCGAUAGCCAUGGCUAUCUUAACACCAAUUUUCACCAAGUGGGUAUUUGCGCCUUUUUUCCGAAAGUUUGUCGAACACCAUUUCGCGCGGUUUGACCAUAUCUCCAACAUCAUUCUCAUGACCCUUGUUCUUGCGGCUUUUAUUAGCAUCGCUGGCUUUACUGGUACAUCUGUCCUAUUUGGAGCGUUCUUGGCGGGCGUAUUUCUCACGUACCUUCCAAGCAAGCGCCCGGAAGGACCAUUCGUUGUCAUGAGCCGUGAGGAGGGCGAGCGCGAAGCGGACAAGAGUCCUACAUUCAUUCACACAUUUGAGAAAUAUUUGUUGGGUCCUCAGGAGUAUCUGAUGGAGCCUUUGUUCUUCUCAAGCGUCGGAUUCGCGAUUCCGUUCUUGCAACUGUGGACUGGAGAGCGAAUUUGGAGAGGAGUGGUUUACACGCUCCUUAUGGCAUUUGCAAAAGGAGAGAGGAGAAGUUGGAAUCGUGUCUGGCUCGCCGCGGUACUCUUAGGGUCUGCUAUGGUAGCGCGCGGUGAAAUCGGCCUAUUGAUCAUCGAAAUCGGACAUAACGAAACUCCGUACGUCAGUGAUGAGGGUUUCAUCACUGGUGUCUGGGCCAUUCUUUUGAAUACGAUCAUUGGUCCUGUUAUCGUCGGUCUCCUGGUUCGAUUCCACGCGAAAAAAAUAGGGGAGGGGGAGUGGGGACUACAGGAUUCUUUGUCCGUUCCUAGCCAGGAGACCGGCCACAGAGCAGUAUAA